AAAAAAUAAAAAAUAAAAAUUGGUCGGGUGUCUUGUGGAUUCCCCCGAAAAUAGGAGCAGGUCUGGCCGACGAAGAUGGAGUACGAGAACAAACUCGUCCUUGCUCCCAUGGUUCGCAUUGGGACGCUGCCAUUUAGAUUACUGGCUGCUGAAUAUGGUGCGGAUAUAACCUACGGUGAGGAAAUUAUCGAUCAUAAACUUGUCAAAUGCGACCGCAGAUUAAAUGAGAAAAUAGGGUCCAUUGAUUUUGUGGAGAAGGGGACAGGAAGUGUCGUUUUCAGGACUUGUGAUGAGGAAAAAGAUCGAGUAGUGUUUCAAAUGGGUACUUCUGAUGCUGUAAGGGCUCUCACGGCUGCUCAGAUGGUGUGUAAAGAUGUUGCAGCAGUGGAUAUAAACAUGGGUUGUCCAAAGUCAUUUUCUGUGAGUGGAGGAAUGGGUGCUGCGUUGUUGACUAAACCAGAUCUUAUUCAUGAUAUUUUGACUACAUUAAGAAGGAACAUGAGUAUACCAGUGACUUGUAAGAUUCGACUACUAAAAUCAUCUCAGGAUACUGUGGAAUUGGCCAGGCGAAUUGAAAAAACUGGAGUUUCUGCUCUGGCUGUCCAUGGAAGAAAAGUUCCAGAUAGGCCGCGAGAUCCGGCUAAGUGGAGUGAGAUUGCUGAUGUUGUAGCAUCACUAUCCAUUCCAGUUAUAGCAAAUGGCGAUGUUUUUGAGUAUGACGAUUUUCAGCGUAUUAAAGUUGCUACAGGUACCUCAUCUGUGAUGGUUGCAAGAGGAGCACUUUGGAAUGCUUCAAUUUUCUGUCCGAAGGGAAAAUUACCAUGGGAAGACGUGAAGAGAGAAUAUGUUAGGAAGAGUAUCUUAUGGGAUAAUGAUAUUAAAAGCACAAAGCACACACUGAAGGAAAUGAUAAUGCAUCAUUCUUCCCUUGAACUCCCAGAAGGAAAGGCUGUGAUAAAAUCAGAUUCCUUGGUAGAUUUAGCGCGGCUCUAUGGAGAGGAGAAGAGUUAUGAUUUUUUUGUUAAAAACUGAUUCUUUGUAAAUGAAAAGUAGAUAUAUACUGAUCGUGGUCCUUGUAGGGCAGUGUUUGCCAUCUAUCUUCAGGACAACCAAGUUAUAUUACCAUUAUUGGGGACACGCUAAUUUUAAUUCGCCUAAGAUUGGCUGGUGGUCUUGGCUUGUAACAAUGCAGAUUUGGUGCUUUCUAAAGCACUAUUUCUUCUUGAAUUUAUUUAUCCCAAUUGUAAAAGUUUUCUCAAGUUCCCGAGAAAUGGAGUUUGAUAACAGUCUUGCAAACCUUACAUUUACUUCAGGAUUAUUUACUAUAGUGCCCUUGAACUUCGGUUAAAUCUCACUUUACCCCUCGAAAGUUGAAGUGACAUAUUUAACCCCCUUGACUGUGAUUUCGUGUUCUACUUU